CCAUCGUUCCCUAGAUCUCUCACCCUUACCAUUGCUUACAUUUCUCCAAAGCUUUUGAAUAUGAAGAAGGGUAGUGCUUUUGUUGCAACGUUCUUGGUUCUUUUUCUUAGUGAAUUGCUAGUCACUGAGGCCGUGACAUGCAGCGUCACGGAGCUGAGUUCAUGUGCCGGGGCGAUUACAUCAUCACAACCACCCUCUUCGGUAUGUUGCGCUAAGUUGAGAGAGCAGAAACCUUGUCUUUGUGGGUACCUCCAGAAUCCAAAUCUCCGUCCAUAUGUCAACUCUCCUAAUGCCCGGAGAGUUGCUUCAACCUGUGGAGUACGUACUCCAAGUUGUUAGGAUUGUAACAAUAAAAUAAUCAUAGACCAUGAUGGAAUAGAGGGGACCUGAAAACGCCUUUCGACCCUUUCAUGAAUGAUCUAGAAACUAUCGUCUAUAUAUCUGGUACUAUGUAAUCCGUACUCACUAAUAUGAUUUUAUGUAUUCCUAAACACAUAUUAAGCCUUUAAUGGCACUUUGUAUCGAAAUAAAAUGGUUCUACUUUUAUCA